AUGGACCCGACGACACAAACCAAAAGCAGUUCCGAAUCCGAGCUUCGGGAAGAUGUCCCCAACGAUAACCCCGAGACGUACUGUCGAUUAUGUUUCUCCGAAACCAAUGUUCACCCUCUUUUCCCACAGAAUGGGGGGCUCAUACGUGAAAUGACGGAAAAGAUAAGAAAUUGCGCCGGUAUACAUAUCAGCGUUCGGGACGACUAUCCGGCUGGGUUAUGUUUUGCGUGCCUAUCGAUAUUAGAUGAAAUUCACCAGUUUCAACAACGAAGUAAACAUUGUGACGAAAUCAUACGCACAAAACGUGGUCUGUUGGAGCAAAUCACUGUGAAGGUGGAAAUGACGGAGGAAGACGGUGUACAUUUUGUCCCCCCUGGUGGAGGAAGUUGUGCAGGUCUUGGAGCUAGUGAAGACUACACCAAUGAUGAUUGUCUUACCGAGAGCAGUAUUAUCGCGGAAGCUAUAACUAGUUUGAAUGGGAUCGGAGAACUUAUGGGAGCGUUUCAUAGCAGUACAGAUUCAUCCUCUACACCGCUACUGCUUAAAACCGAAGUUGAAACUGGCACUGGUAGUAAGGAUCACCGGUGUAUGGUGUGUAGCAAGCUAUUUCCGGAUCGUGAAGCUUGGAUGGUCCACUUAGGUGAUCAUGCUGAUGAACGACCGUACCAGUGCAUGGAGUGCUUGGCUCAGUUUCGCGAGAAACGAUCACUUGCCCGACACAUGAAAGCCGUGCACGAGGAAGUGCGUGAUCGGCAGUGCCCGUACUGUCCUAAGUCAUUUAAAUACAGUCAUCACCUGCGAUACCAUAUACGAACCCACACGGGAGAAAAGCCGUACGUGUGUGAAAUAUGUAACGAUUGCUUUUCACAACACAUACAAUGGAAACGACAUAUGGCAAAACACCAGCAGGUUCGAAAACCACCACCACCACCCCCGCCUGUUGCCGUCGCACCGCGAACCACUCCCGCCGAAGAACCAAAACCAAUCAAAUGUGAAUUUUGUCCCCGAGUAUUCUCCCGUCUACAAGACUACCGGCGGCAUCAACCGAGUCAUAAUGCACACAACCUUAAUUUAAGCUCAUUGCAGCACCAAGCACAAUUACACCACCUCCAGCAACAUCAACCAAGCUUACAGCAAAAUAAUGUUCUACUCCAGCACCCACAUAUACAACAAGACAACCCCGCACAUCUAGGUAUGCAAUUGGCUCAGCGAGAGUAG